AUGAACUACAUCACGGAACAUCUGCAGCGCCCGCCACCUUGGUCUUUGCUCUACGCUGACGAUGUAGUUCUCAUCUCAGAAACCUUAACGGAAGUGCAGGAACAGCUCAACGCAUGGCAGCGAGCUUUGGAGAGACAUGGACUUCGAGUGAACAGGGACAAAACCGAAUACAUGAUGUGCAACCUGUCUGGAGGCGACGCCAAUAACAACGCAUCAGUAAUGAUUGAGGGUUCCUCAUUAAAACAAGUACAAGAAUUUAAAUACCUCGGUUCAAUCGUGGCCCCGAAACAGGCGACUGAAAAGGACAUCCAGCACAGAAUAACAACCGCCUGGCUCAAAUGGAGGUCACUAUCGGGCGUGCUAUGUGACACCAGAAUGCCCAUAAAGCUUAAAGGCCAAGUCUAUAAACAGGCAGUCCGACCAGCGCUAAUUUACGGAUCGGAAUGCUGGCCAAUGAGAAAGGAAGAUGAGCAAAGGAUCCACGUCACUGAAAUGAAGAUGUUGCGUUGGGCCGGAGGAGUUACGAGAUUAGACAGGAUAAGAAACGAAUAUAUUAGAGGAACGUUCAAAGUCAUAAAAUUUGAGGACAAACUGAGAGAAAAUCGCUUGCGGUGGUACGGACACGUCAUGAGGCGAGACCAGGACCAUAUGACGAGAGCAGUGAUGCAAAUAGAGGAAAUGAAGCGAGGCAGAGGCCGACCUGCCGCCACCUGGAAGAGCACAAUCGAAAAAGAUCUUAAAGCUAAUAAUGUAGACGCAGGGACAACACAAAAUAGAUUGUUGUGGCGAACACGUACGAGGAGGGCUGACCCCAAGUGA